GCCUUGGCGGGUUACAUGCAAGCAACCCAUGCCAAUUGGAAUUUCAAAUCGGUACCACAAAAACGUGCCUGUUUUGGCAUGUACAACAAUGAGUGCUCCCAACCAAGAGGUAGAAUACUAGGCGGUUCCAGUUCUAUUAAUUUUAUGAUCUACAAUCGUGGCAAUCGUAGAGAUUUUGAUUCCUGGUCCAAAUUGGGCAAUUAUGGCUGGUCUUACAAGGAAGUAUUGCCCUAUUUUCUAAAAUCAGAAUCAGCCAAUUUGAAUGGCUUGGAAUACUCAUCAUAUCACAAUCGUUCGGGUCCUUUAAGUGUGGCACAUAUACAAAUGCGCUCUAUUAUAGCAGACGCUUUUGUGGAGGGCUCUAAACAGUUUGGCCUAACAGAAACGGACUACAAUGGCGAGUCCCAAUUGGGUGUCUCUUAUGUACAGGCCAAUACACUUUAUGGUCGCAGACACAGUGCUUAUCGAGCUUUCAUAGAGCCCAUAAUGUUUAAGCGUAAUAAUUUAAAAAUAUUUACUUUCUCUAGAGUAACCAAAGUUUUAUUGGAUGCCAAUUCUAAAACGGCUUAUGGCAUAGAAUUUCUAUAUCGCCGACAGCGUUAUAUAUUCAAGGCGCGUAAAGAGGUUGUACUUUCGGCGGGCGCCUUUAACUCUCCCCAAAUCUUAAUGCUAUCGGGCAUAGGACCUGCCGAUAAUCUGGGUAAUUUGGGUAUUAAGAUUAUACAACAACUGCCGGUGGGCUUGAGAAUGUAUGAACAUGUUUCGCACUUUGGUCCUACAUUUAUUGUCAAUACCACCAAACAGACCCUGUUUUCCACUAGUGCAACUCCAAAAGAUAUUUUGGGUUUUCUGGCGGGACGACCAGAUACCCGUUUAUCCAUGUUGCCGGGUGUAGAAGCUUUAGCAUUUCUUAAAGUACCAUGCUCUAAGUUACCAAAAGACUGGCCCGAUGUGGAGAUAAUAUUCGCCAGUGCUAGUUUAGCAUCCGAUGAUGGUACAGCCUUGAAGAAGGGUGGCAAUAUAAAACAGGAAAUCUAUGAUCGAUUGUAUCAUCCUUUGCAAAUAGCUAAACAAGACCAUUUUACGGUGUUAAUAAUGCCCUUUUAUCCCAAGUCGGUGGGACGUGUAUGGCUGAGAAAUACUAAUCCUCUGCAAUGGCCCAUGAUAGAUCCCAAUUACUUCGAUAAUAUUGAAGAUAUAGAAUAUAUACUUGAAGGCAUCAAAGCAGCCAUACGUAUAUCCAAGACCCCGGCCAUGCAAAGAAUUGGUACUCGACUGUUGGAUACUCCUGUGCCGGGUUGUGAAUCAUAUGUGUUUGCUAGUGACAACUAUUGGCGCUGUUCCAUACGAACUUUGACCUAUACUUUGCAUCAUCAAGUGGCUACUUGUCGUAUGGGUUUGAGAUCAGAUCCCACAGCAGUGGUUAGUCCAGAACUAAGGGUACAUGGCAUAAGUAAGCUAAGAGUGGUGGAUGUGGGCGUUAUACCUCUACCACCAACGGCUCAUACAAAUGCUGCAGCAUUUAUGAUUGCAGAGAAGGCUGCCGAUAUGAUUAAGGCAGCUUGGAGGUAGUUAUAGCAAUUCAGUUUAUAAACAGUUUUAUUAAAAAUUUAAUAUAUUUUUGUUGUAUAUUUAAGCUUUUUAAAAGCUUUUUAUUUAACUUUUUGUUUAUUAUUAUUUCAAUUUAAUUAGAAAUUUUUGUGGUUUUCUUUAUGUUCAAUUUUGGCCACAAGAUCUGAUGAAUUAAAUAAUAAAAAUGUUAAAACGUGUGUUACUUUAAA